UCCGAAAGAUGUCCGAUUAUUGGAACAAAACGCACAAGAUUGAAGAAUCGUCGGGCCAGUUCUCCCGACUGGGAAUGUCAAUGUUUUGGAUUUGAAAAGUUGGCGGCAGCGGGGAUGAAAAAAGUUGACAGAUUGUCAGAAAAAGUUCCGGUUGACCACGCAACAGACGCGCAAAAAGGACGGCGGCUAAAAAGUUUUUAAGUGGCCACGCAAAAGUGGACCAGAUCAAGUCCCCAUAGGGACAAAGGUGCUCUACUCGGGAAGAGACUUCUCGGCCACACAAGUCAGACCAGGGCACCCGGUCAGCAACUCAGGGGCGACAGCAGGUUCGCUAAACAACACAAAGGUCGGGAUAGAAAAGCGCCAACUGCACCAAGCGCGUAUCUGCAUGCGAGACUAGCACCAAGGCACAAGGCCUCAAGGCACCCGGUCAGUAGUUCGAGAGCGACAGCAGGUCCAUUGAAAGACGUGAGCGUCGGGAACAAAAAGCGCAAGUAAGCACCAUUGAAGCACAGAGGUUGAGCGAGGAAGUAAUUGUUCCUUUUCCCCAUAAUAGCUGCGCCACGCGCUCAUCCGCAUCUUGAAAAAGCGCGGUGAGAAGAAAACAAAAAGGGGUCGGAAAAGUAAGUAGCCUUUAUGUGCCAAGUCCGACGGAACAACUAACGUCACGCUCCCCUCCGCCAGGGCCCCUUUUUUCUCUAUCCCUUUUCCAUCUUAAGAUCUCAUCGCUCAUCGCUUUCCGAGUGCAUCCAAAUCGGACAUCGUAAGCACAUCUCCGGCUUUGUGCUACCUUGCGAAAUCCGCGACAGUUAGCAGCUUGGCAAAAUCGAUCGGAAUCCUUCGGCACUUUCAGCUGUCAAUGUGCCGUGGUCGGACGCCAAAGAAUCCCAGCAAGCAGAGUCGGGUGUCAUCAUUCGCAGCGCCGGUUGCGAUCAACUGUGGUAGAUCGACAGCUUCUGUCGCUUUGGCUGCGAGGUGUAAACUGUGGCUUUCAAGUUCAACGGGAACCUGCGAGGCACACGAAGUUCGGUCAGCGGUGUCGUUCGCAGUAUCAGUUGUGGCAUCGGCCACAAACCGGGAGCGGAGCAACGUCCUAGCCACAACGGGGACAGCAUCAGCGGUGGCAUCGGCAACGAACCGAAAUUGGAAGAACGUCUUGGCUGCAGCGGAGGCAGCAUCAGCCGUGGCGUCGGUCACAAGCCGAGAUCGGAAGAACGUUCUGGUCACCACGAGGGCAGUGUCAGCGGUGGCAUCGGCCACGAAUAGAGUUUGGAAGAACACAUCGGUCACAACGAAGGCAGCAUCAACUGUGGUACGACCACAACCUAGAAUUGGUGGCAGUAUGUACUGUGGUAACGACCACGCAUUCGCAACGAGGGCAACAAUCGGCUCAAGAUCAACAACAAGGACGAUGGAGCGAGGCGCGACGAGGAUGCCGAGCCCUGUUUUGCGCCAUGCGCCAAAACUGGAAAAGCUGUAAGUGCACGUUUUUCAUUCAAAUCUCGAAAUAGCAUUUUAGGAAUUUGGGUAUAAUGUUGCCUAAAAAAUUAUAAAACAAAAUUGAA